GCUGAAGUUGGACUGACUGGCUCCAAAUGCCUUCUACAACACAACUAUCUCCGCCAGAGAGGUGGGCUGUUGUCGUUGUCACCAGAACAUGUGCAUUUCAAAUCUCUAUAAAAGGCGUGAACUUGUCAAGAUUCUCAGUACUGAACAAAUCUACAUCACGAUGUCUGCUCCUGUUUUCCCUUCGAGAACUUGGCUGGAUUACAAGCAAUUCAAGAAUGGGUUCCUCCCUGGUAAACCCACUUUUAAAGAAGACCACUAUCCCAGUCUUAAAGGUAAAGUGGUGCUUAUAACUGGAGGGAAUUCGGGAGUUGGUUACGAAACUGUCAAGUCUUUGGCGGGGUCAACCAAAGCGAAAAUAUACAUAUUUUCCCGAAAUGAAAAGAAAACACUUGCAGCAAUCAGGCAAAUAAGACAGGAGGUAGCUCAGGAAUAUAAUGUCACCAACCCCGAUAUCAACUUUAUCAGAAUGGACCUCAGCGAUUUAGAUACUAUUAAACCGGCAGUAGAUCAAUUUCUAUCCCAAGAAGCAAGACUAGACAUCAUCAUCCACAAUGCCGGGGUCAUGAAGCGGCCCAUAGGUCCAAAAACGAGACAAGGAUACGAAUUACAAUUGGGAACUAACGUAGUUGGCCCCCAUCUCCUCCAACGUCUUUUAGAUCCUAUUCUCAUCGACACCUCCAAGAUGAACCAUCCUGGUGAAUCUCGUAUUGUCUGGAUAUCAUCCACAGCCCACCAUUUUGCCCCACUAGGCGGUGUCCACUGGGACGAUAUUAAUUUUGACCACACGAAAAUUGGCAAGUUGUACAACGUAAUGGGCUACGGACAAAGUAAAGCUUGCAACAUCAUGCAAGCGAGAACAUGGUCACGAAAACACAGUGCCGGAUCACAAAUCAUUUGCUCUUCAGUAUGUCCCGGAUUCUUGAACACCCAAUUAGCAAGAAACUCGUCAUGUAUCGAACGGGCCAUCUUCAGUGUAAUAUUGCAUCCAAGAAGAUUGGGUGCAUAUACUGUUUUGUAUGCUGCGUUUUCUCCAGAAGUGGAGGAUGGUUCAUUCAGUGUUUCUUUUGGAGUGCCUAGUCAGCCAAGAAAGGAUCUUACUCAAGAUGAUGCCUGUGAUAAGCUUUGGGACUUCCUUACCAAGGCCACUGAUCCAUACAUGUAA